AGGCCAGACCAGACAGCCACUGACAGCUGCGGCCCACCCGUUGAAGCUUACUAGAAGGACUUUGAGACGUGAGCACGUCAGCGACGGUCUCGUUCUGUUUUGGGGCGUAAGCGGCGACGGAACAAAUGGAUACCCUGAUCGUAGACCCGACGGAGGAGCCUCGGAUGUACCAGCAAACCCUGCUUCAAGACGGUUUGUGCGACCUUCUGGAGAAUGACAAGUUUGUGGAUUGUAUUCUGAAAAUCCAGGAGAGGGAGUUCCCGUGCCACCGCUUGGUUUUGGCAGCCAGUAGUCCCUUCUUCAAGGCCAUGUUCUUGUCUGAGCUGGAGGAGAGCAAAAAGCGGGAGAUAGUCCUCAAAGAUGUGGAGCCCGGCAUUAUGGGACAGAUCCUACGCUACCUUUACACGUCCGACAUCACUCUCACAGAACAGAACGUCCAGGACAUCUUCAUGGUGGCCAACAUGUACCAGAUCCCGUCCAUUUUCUCGGUUUGCGUGUCGUAUCUCCAAGAGAAGCUGGUGUUAGGAAACUGCUUGGCUAUCUUAAGACUGGGGCUGCUGCUGGACUGCCCCAGGCUCGCCAUGACUGCUCAGGAGUUCAUCUGUGAACGCUACCAGGUUGUCAUCAGAGACCAGGACUUCCUGCAGCUCGCCGCAACAGAACUGGCCCUCAUCCUCAGCUCCGACUCCCUUAACGUGGAGCGCGAAGAAGUGGUCUUCGAAUCGCUGAUGGACUGGGUGAGACACGACGAGAAAACGAGAGUACAGGAACUGCCAAAAUUGUUGCACUGCGUCCGCUUUAGACUGAUGCCUUUGGACUACUUUAAAGAAAAAGUGGAAAGUCAUCAGUUGAUCCAGUUGAACCAGGACGUCAAGAAGGAGCUGGAUCUGGUCAAGGAGGCUCAUAAAGGUUGUCUACCAAAGCCCAGGAAGGAAAAAGUACAGGGCGGUGAAGGAAGUGAGGAGGAUAAGGAAGAUGAGGAGAGUUACCUGCCGGGAAUACUCAACAACAACCCUCGCUUUGGGAUGUUCGAGCUGGACUUGAUACUCAUGAUCAGUGAAACCGGGACUGUGGCUUACGAACCGGUAGGAAACGAGUGCUUCGUGGUGUCAGAGACCACAGAAAUUCCAAAGAAUCACUGUAGCUUGGUAACCAAACAAAACCAGGUGUUUGUCGUGGGCGGGAUUCUCUACAACGAGGAAAACAAGGACGAACCCUUCAGCUCUUACUUCUUACAGUUUGACCCAGUGAGUUCGGAAUGGCUCGGGAUGCCCUCGCAACCAAACCCUCGCUGCUUGUUUGGGAUGACCGAAGUGGACAACUCCAUCUUCGUUGUCGGAGGCAAGGAACUGAAGGAAGGAGAGCACGCCCUGGACUCGGUCAUGAUCUACGACCGGCAGUCCUUCAAAUGGGGCGAGUCGGACCCCCUGCCAUACGUUGUGUACGGCCACGGAACUGUAUCGCACAAAGGCCUGGUCUACGUCAUUGGCGGGAAAUCGGCGAGCAAGAAGUGCACUCGGAGGGUCUGCGUCUACAACCCAACUAAGUUUGAGUGGACGGACUUGGCUCCCCUGAAGACGGCCCGCUCCCUGUUUGGUGUCGCCGUCCACCGGGACCGGAUCGUCGUGGUGACCGGGGUGACGGACAAAGGCCUCACCGGGUCCGCGGAGGUCUACGACAUCGCCAGUAACACGUGGUCCGAGUUCACCGAGUUCCCCCAGGAGCGCAGUUCUCUCAGUCUGCUCUCCAUGAGGGGCUGCCUGUAUGCCGUCGGGGGCUUCGCCAUGAUGCCCAGUGAAACCAGUCAGGAGCCGGUCCCGACAGAGUUGACCGACAUCUGGAGGUAUGACGAGGCAACAAAGUGUUGGAUCGGGAUUCUGCGCGAGAUCAGCUUCGCCGAGGGAGCCAGCGUUCUUCCUGUGCGUCUCAACACGCUGCGCCUCAGCAAGUUGUAACGCUAAUGCGAGAGAAACCACGUCGCUGUCGCAGAGGUGGUCUGAGAGUAUGAACGUUUCGGUUCUUGGCAGCAGGAUGUUUGGGUCGACCUGGCAAUUAUGUUGUAUAAAAAAAAAAAAAUGUUGAUGUAAACAUCUGUUUGUGUAGUUUUGUGAUGCAUUGUUCAAAAAAAAUAAAGUGAUCAAGUCCC